AUGCUUAAUUCUUAUGGGAAAACGGGUAAUAGGGCAACGGAUAAUAGGUACUAUAUUUUCUCUAUUAUACCCACUUAUCCUUUAUUUCUUUACAGUGUCACUGAAAACAACCUGCAGUCGAUUAGCGAAACUGCAAAAGACGAUGUGGUAUUGAAGAAUACAGAAUGCGAUCAUGAGUCUGUAAUUGGUGAUAAAGAAUUUGCGAUCGAUGGAAAUAGGAUCGUGGAUUUUGGUUAUCUUUUUACUCAACUUCUUGAUAUUUCAAAUCACAACUCUGCCUUUGGCUGUAACUUGAGCUGUUUGAAAAUGACAAAAGAAAUAAAGAAAGGUUUUCUUUCGAAAUUUUGUUUUAGUUGCCGAAUGUGCAACGAAAAUUUUGAACUGAACAACUGUAAAGAUCCAGAUAGCUCCACAGAAUUAAAUAUAAAUGAUUUUGCGAAAUCAUUGACUCUAGGUUAGAUAGACAAAUGGAAAUUAAAGAACCAGACUAUAUUCUUAAUGCAAUAAAGAAAAGGGAAAUACUAAAAAAAACGAAAAGCAACUAAAGAACAAGUACAAAUAACUAAAAGAAAUAAGAAGUAAAGAAUCACAAAUAACAUACCGAAAAAUAUAAUAUAUAAAAAUGAUAUUGAUAGUAAAUAAAUACUUGAUUUUAAA